AUGUUCCCGGCGCUGUCCGCAGCACUCCUCCCACUACUCCUCGUGUCCGCUGCUAUAGCAGCUCCGACCGAUAUCCCCUCCGCUGCGUCUUUCUACGUCCCAACAUUACCAGACCUUCACCAAGAUGACAAGAAUCCGCUACGAAUAUUCGCAGGGCACAUCUUGUCCGACCCCGACGCGGCCAACGCAGCACCGACCGACGUUACCGCGCAUCUGUACUUUGUCAUGAUUAAAGCACGGCGGAGCGCUGACAAGGAGCGCGUCAUGUUCUGGUUCAAUGGAGGGCCUGGGUGCUCGUCGUUUGACGGGCUGAUGAUGGAGAUUGGCCCCUGGCGCGUAGACGGGAAGGGCGGGCUGAAACGGGUAGAGGGAGGAUGGGAGGAGUACACCACCAUGGUAUACGUCGACCAGCCUGCAGGCACAGGGUUCUCCUACACCGGGACAAACCAUCUGCUGCACGAGCUCCCUGAUGCAGCGGAGCAAUUCGUCCAGUUUCUCAAUAACUUCUACAAGGUCUUCCCGGAGUAUCGGAGCGUCGACACAUACCUAGGAGGUGAAAGUUACGCUGGACAGUAUAUCCCUUACUUCGCGGACGCCGUUCUCAGGUCCAGUUUGAAGAUACCAUUACGCGGUGCUGCAAUAGGUAACGGUUGGAUUGACGGUCGCCAUCAGUAUCCCGCAUACUUGGACUAUGCUGUCAAGCAUAACCUGGUAGAACUCAAUUCCGAGGACUGGAAGCGCGGCAAGACUAUGACAGAACAAUGCAUGCUUUUGUACAACGACAUCUCAGGUCUUGAACCUGUUAAGAUCGAUGGAUGCGAAAGAGUCAUGGGCACCGUGGUCCGGGGCAGGGACAGAAUGGUUGACGGGCAGAUGAAGUGCACAAAUAUCUACGAUGUACGCCUCGAGGAUGACUCCCCUGCGUGUGGUAUGAACUGGCCCCCAGACCUCACAGACAUCUACACAUAUCUCGCUCGCCGAGACGUUGUCACUGCCCUCCACGCGACCUCUGGUCAGACACCUUGGGUGGAAUGUCGCGGAAUCGUUCACAGCAACUUCCAUACCCGCCAAUCGAACUCCUCGAUUACAGUGAUUCCACGGGUCCUGGAGAAGAUCCCGAUGCUGCUAUUCGCCGGUGACCAGGACUUGAUCUGCAACUAUGUGGGCAUGGAGAGCUUGAUCCAAGCCAUGACAUGGAAUGGUGCAACUGGCCUGGGAACCGUGCAGACGCAAUCGUGGACAGUUGGCGGGCAACCGGCCGGGACAUGGGUGACAUCCAGGAACCUGACGUACGUGAAGCUCUUCAAUGCUUCCCACAUGGCUGGCUUUGACGUACCGCACGUUUCUCAUGAUAUGAUUCUGCGCUUCAUGGGAGUCAAUUUCUCAGCGGUCACCGACGGCUCCGCCAGGAUACCCAGUUCCGUUGGCGAAGACGUCAAACCGAUACCUGCGCUCCUGGAUAGCACGCCAACUCCGACCGCGAGCAAAACGCCAGAACAAGACAAGGCGAUGUGGGAAGCAUACUACAACGCCGGGUCAGCAGCUCUGGUGCUAGUCCUCAUCGCAGUCGCAGUCGGGGCCUUCCUAUGGUGGCGCUCACGACGAAACCGUCUACGCGGCCUGCCCGUGUCCAAUCGGGAGGAGAAUAUCCCAUUGACUUCGAGCAUGGCUGAUGCGAAUGGGAACGGGAGUGGAGAUGGGGACGAGGAGCGAUUCCGGCCACGAAAAGGGAAGGAGAGGGAUCUGACCACUCCCGCGGAUCCCAUCUUCAGUGUCGGGGACAGCGAAGACGAGGACGAGUCGACUAGAGGCGCAAGGGCCGUCUGA